UUGUUUGUGAAAAUUGAAAUAUUUUGACGGAGAGGGAGAGUGCGGGAAAAUCCCCGGGUGCCUUCAAUUUUUCGAACCCCUCACAAAACAAACACCCCCUUCUCUAUAAACAAUUCAAUAUUUCUAUGAACAAACGAUUUAUUAUUUAUUACCCCACUUUGAAUUUCUAUUAUCCCACUUUUCAAAUUUCCUCCCCCUUUUUUCCGUCGAAUUCCUCCGUUUUAGGGUUCCGUCUACUUGCACAAAAUCAAACCCAAUUUCUAGGGUUUUUGCGACAAUGGCGAGAGUGAAGAAAGAGGCAGGUAGUAGAAGCAAUAAUACUAACACACGAGUUAGAGAAUUGAGGAGUAGCAAAAUUGAAGCUAAUUCAACUUCUAAUGAGCAGCAGCAACAACAUGUUGAUGAAGUUGAACAAGAAGAUGAAGUUGUAGUAAGGAGAAAUCUGCGUUCUAGAUAUCUCGCCGUCAAAAAUUUACUUUCUGGUGAUACGCAUGAUUUGUCGCAGCCGGAUUCGCAGAGGUUUAAGUCUAUUAUUGAUGAAGUGGAGAGUUUACAUGCGAAAGUUGAGAAACCCCGGGAGCAAGUGGCUGAUGCAGAGGCUCUGAUGGACAUUACAAGCAGUUUUUUGAAAUCUGUCAAGGCACAGAAAAAUGAGGGAGUAACUCCAUCAGAUUUUGUAUCUUGCUUGUUUAGGGAUUUUGGUCGGCAAGGUAGAGCUACCAGCAGUGUGGAUAAUUCAAGCGAUUUGGUACUUUGGAAAGACAUUGGGCUUGCAGUUUCUCAUAUAUUUAGAAAAGGCACAGGAUGCUGUACCAUGCUAGGGCCUAUGAGUUCUGAACUGAAGAGAAGGAAGUCUAUAGUUCGUAAAAAGCAUGUGAAACCAACUGAUACUUCACGGCCAGAAGAGCUCAAUAACCUUAAGGAAGAGAAAACUGAUACAGACAAGAAUAUGUCAAUUAUGUUUGGUAUUUUGAGGAAAAAUCGAAGGGUCCGGCUGGAAAAUCUAGUCCUGAACAGAAAAUCCUUCGCUCAGACAGUAGAAAACUUAUUUGCUUUCUCAUUUCUAGUGAAAGAUGGCAGAGCAGAAAUUACUGCAAAUGAGAAUGGCCAUUUUGUUUGCCCUAGAAAUGCACCAGCUGCAGAAGCAGUAGCAUCAGGCAGAGUUUCCUACAGUCACUUUGUUUUCAGAUUUGACUAUAAGGACUGGAAGUUGAUGUUGGAUUCUGUUGUGGAAGGCGAGGAAUUGAUGCCACACAGGGUUCCAGCAGACACGUUUGCUGAUUCAGAGUUUCCAGCAGAAUCAGCAAAUGCAGAUCCUGAAAGAGUAGCUACAACUACUCCAAUUAGAAAAUUAUCAAGGAACCGAGGUCUGGUUCUACAGGAACAGACCGUUGUAGAAGACUCACCAGAGAGUGAUGAAAACAGAUCAAGAGCUGCUUAUAUAAGAAAGGGGAAGCGCAAAAUUAUAUGAGGCUAGGAUGAAUUGUACAGCGUCUUGACCUUAGGCGGCCUUUUGUAUUAGAUAGUAGAACGUCUGGACUUCUGGUUCCAUCAAUUGCUUUGGAUUUGAAUGAGUUAACUAGGUAAUAUAGUAUAAUCAUUCCUUGAGUGGCUGUUUUCUUUACAGCCUUCUAGCUUUAAAUCAGUUUCUUCUCGUCGUCCUUGAAAUGAAUCAUUGCAGGUUUAUCUCAAACUUCCGCAAUUAUGACGAGUCUCGUUUAGGCUGUGUUCUCUUUACUGUACUUAUUAGCAUUGUACUUAUCAAACCUAAUGAGCAGUGAGCCUUUAUACA